AUUGUGGCGCUUCCACCGACGGCCGAUUUCCGGUCUUGCCGUUCUCUAUUACAUUUCGGCUCUUGUGGUUUUGAGCCAUGGGUCGAGUAAUUCGUGCACAGCGUAAAGGUGCGGGAUCCGUUUUCCGAUCCCACACGAAAAGGAGAAAGGGAGCACCGAAACUCCGCUCCUUGGACUUCUCCGAAAGGCAUGGAUUUAUCAAGGGUGUCGUAAAGGACAUCAUCCACGAUCCUGGUCGUGGCGCGCCAUUAGCGAUGGUACAUUUCCGUGAUCCGUACAAGUUCAAAACACGUAAAGAGUUAUUUAUUGCACCAGAGGGAAUGUAUACUGGUCAAUUCUUAUACUGCGGCAAGAAAGCAAAUCUUCAGAUUGGAAACGUAAUGCCAGUCGGUAUGAUGCCUGAAGGUACAAUUGUCUGCAAUUUGGAGGAGAAGACUGGCGACAGGGGUCGAUUGGCUAGAGCUUCUGGCAAUUACGCCACAGUGAUAACUCACAAUCCGGACACCAAGAAAACCAGAGUCAAGUUACCCUCUGGUGCCAAGAAGGUCAUUCCGUCUAAUAACAGAGCAAUGGUCGGAAUUGUUGCUGGUGGUGGACGUAUAGACAAACCCAUUCUUAAAGCGGGUCGCGCCUAUCACAAAUACAAGGCAAAGAGGAACUGCUGGCCAAAGGUUCGUGGUGUUGCUAUGAAUCCUGUGGAGCAUCCUCACGGUGGUGGUAACCAUCAACACAUCGGUAAAGCGUCCACAGUUAAGCGUGGAACCAGUGCUGGUCGUAAGAUCGGUCUUAUUGCUGCUCGUCGUACGGGUAGAAUCAGAGGUGGCAAGACCGACACAAAGAAAGACGAUUAGAUUAAAUAUUGACAUUUUGGCACAAUAAAAAAGUAUUUACAAAAAUAUA